CCAGCCCGGGGGAGCCGGCGGCGUUGCCCCUCGCCGCCGUCCAUCGGUCUGUCAAUCCUCCGCCGGCCCUGGGAAGGGGGGGAACCAACGCGGCAUUUCCUGGCUGGCUGCUUGGCCGGCCGCCCCUCCUGCUGCCGCCGAGAGGGGCGAGGGGGAGGCGGCGGCGCUCGCACUGCAGCUUCCGGCCGGGCUCUGGCAGCAGCCAGGAGGAGCCGCCGCCGCCGAGCCAGGCUGCCCGAGCAGGGCCGGAGAGCGCUGCGCCCCGCCACGCAUGGAGACGCCGAGCAGGGCCCGGCGGGCCGGCGAGGGAGCCGUCAGAGCCACCGCUGCCGCCGGGGCGCUCCUCCCUCUUUUCCUUCUCCUGCUGGGCUUGGGAGCGGCUGCCCGGGAGCUGAGUCCCCGCGGGAGGAACGUCUGCCCGGCGCCUGGCUCCGCUGGCUUUGUCUGCUGCUCGGGAUGGAGGCAACAAGGCGAGGAGUGUUUAAUCGCCGUGUGUGAGGGGAACUUCACCUGCAAGGAGAACGAGGUGUGUGUCAGGCCUAAUGAGUGCCGCUGUCGCCAUGGGUACUUCGGCGCUAACUGCGAAACCAAGUGUCCGCGCCAGUUCUGGGGUCCCGACUGCAAAGAGAUGUGCCAGUGCCACCCCAACGGGCAGUGCGAGGACGUCACCGGGCAGUGCACCUGCAACGCCAACCGCUGGGGGCCAAAGUGCGAGAACGCCUGCUUGUGCAAGCAUGGCAAGUGUGACCAGAAGACCGGCAAGUGCACGUGCGAACCCAACUGGUGGGGGGCCCAGUGCUCCAGCACCUGCUAUUGCAGCCUCAACUCCCAGUGCGACCAGCAGAUGGGGACCUGCAUUUGCCAGCCCGGCUGGUGGGGCCGCAGCUGCAACAACCAGUGCACCUGCAACAACUCCCCCUGUGAGCAGUUCACCGGGCGCUGCCAGUGCCGCGGACGCACCUUCGGCCCCCGUUGCGACCGCUACUGCCAGUGCCACAUGGGGAAGUGCAACCAGGUCGACGGGACCUGCACCUGCGAGCCAGGCUACCGCGGCAAGUUCUGCCGAGAGCCGUGCCCGGCCGGCUUCUACGGGCAAGGCUGCAGGAGACGGUGCGGGCAAUGCAAAGAGCUGCAGCCUUGCACGAUUGCGGAGGGGCGCUGCCUAGCAUGUGAAGCGGGCUGGAACGGCACCAAGUGCGAUCAGAUCUGCUCCGCCGGCUUUUACGGAGAGGGCUGUGACCAGGCCUGCCCCCCUUGUAAGGACGGCCACACCUGUAACCACAUCAACGGCAAGUGUUCUCACUGCAAUCCGGGCUGGAUUGGAGACAGGUGCGAGACUAAAUGUCGCAACGGGACCUACGGGGAGGACUGCGCCUUUGUCUGCAGCGACUGUUUCAAUGGCGAGUGCGACUUUGAGACGGGAAGGUGCCUCUGUCGGCCUGGGUUCCAGGGGGUUUCGUGUAACGUGACGUGUCCAGUUGGUCAGUAUGGCGUGAACUGUGCGGAAUCUUGCAAUUGCCAUGAAGAUUCUUGCGACCCCCUGACCGGAACCUGCCACAUGGAAGCCAACCAGCGGAUGGGGGUGAUUGGAGCCGGGGCCCUCUUGGCCUUCCUGCUGAUACUGCUGCUGUCCCUCCUCUGGUGCUGCUGCAUCUGCCGCAAGAAGGACCAUCCUCGGGACUCAAACCAGGACUCGCCCCACAAGAAAUCUCCGAGACGUCUUUGUGGCAGAUUCAGCCGGAUCAGCAUGAAACUCCCUCGGAUUCCUCUUCGCCGUCAGAAGCUGCCAAAAGUUGUCGUGGCUCAUCACGACCUGGAGAACACCAUGAACUGCAGCUUCAUUGAGCCCCCUUCUGUGGUGGAGCAGCCGUCGCCUUCGUGGUCCUCGCGGGGCUCCUUCUCAUCCUUUGACACCACAGACGAAGGCCCUGUCUACUGUGUCCCACACGAAGAGAGUGUGAGUGACAGCAAAGACAGAGUCGCUGCUCCUUGCAACCCAGUGGAGAAGGUGGUGCCGCCCAUCAGCGAGGAGGAAGCCGGAGAGUACACCGUCUUAAAAGAGAGCAGCUCCAUCCAGGUGGACAGCAGCGAGACGCCGUUGCUCAAGUCUUCCGACAGUGAGCGCUCCUCUUCUGGCUCCGGUUCGGUCAGUGGGGCCCUCUACGCCAGGAUAGCUCGCCUCUCCAAGCAGUCCAGAGAUGAGGAUGAAAACGCUGUGGAAAACAAAAGCACCAAGCCCCCAUCGCCGGAGCGAGCUAAGCCCCCUCCACCGGACCCCUCAACGAAGCCCAAAGUCUCUUGGAUCCACAGCAAGUACAGCUCCAAUCAGUCCAACUCCUUACCUGCCAUUGGGAUGGCCGACCUGUCGGACCACAAACAGGGGCUAGCUAAGCGGAAGAGGAGCCCCAGCGAGACGUCGGCCGGGGUCCAUGGCCGACCCGACGACAAGGCGCCUGCGAGGGGCAAAGAUAAGGCCCCGAAGCACCCGAAGGAGGUGAGCUCCUCUGAAGGCAAGACCCUCUGUGCUUCCGGGGAGCACCUUUCCCCGUCCAAACUCAAGCAGAGGCACAAGACCAGCCCAGAACAGAUGGAGAACAUCAACGGGGCCGUCCAGAACGUGAUCAAAAAGAUAGGGAGCUACCCCCCAGACCGGAAAGGGGGUGAUGCCCCCAAAAGCCCCAGUCACAGCAAACUGCGCUCUGAAGUCAUCCAUCCCCAUCUGUCUUCGGAAGCGGCCACGCUGCUGGCGGCACAACUGAAGGAAAAGACUCAAAGCCUGAAUAGGGGCGACGGGGGUGCAAGGCAGAACGGGGUGAGCCCCCUGCCGGCCCAGAGGGAGAAGCCGACUCCCCCGCAGAAGGCCAAGCGGUCCAUAGCGGCCGGCGGCCAGAAGUCCAGCAAGCCCCUGCUGCCAACGUCCCCCAACUUGCAGAAACUUAUCAGCCCCGUUGUGGAGGCGCCGGCCGGUGACCCCAAAAGGGGGGAGAAGCACAGCUCCAGCAGCACCCAGGAGCCAGCCCCUGCGGCCGGUGACCAGGUGGUCAAGAAAACCCCCAUUAAAAAGCCACCCAGGAAGAAGAGCAGAGAAGUCGCCGUGGAGCAGCAGCCCAAAGCACCUGCCGCCACGUCCCCUCAGACUGUGCAGUAAAGGCGGCCUCGUGGCUCAAAGAGGCCUGCCAAAGAGGAAGUGGGAAUUGCGGGUUGGGCAGGGAGGGACAGAUCUGUCUUGGGGGGAACCAGGAGUCUGGCAGAGACUGUUGAGUGUGGCCCCCACACUGAGACACGGACCCUGAUGACAACAGAGCCCCCCCCACCAGCAUACCAAAAGCACUUCUGAAUUCAUUCCACCUUUGUGGAGCGGGGAGGGGGUUUUGUGGACCAAGCGCUGGGCGCUCGGGGAGGGGGAGGGUUAGCAGAGUGGGUUGGGCAUGUCCUUAUUUGUACCAGUAUUAUAAUUGCAUACACCCUGCUUCUCUCCCUAGGAAUGUCCCAGUUUUUAUAACCUGCAGAAUGGAGUUGCUGGCUUUCUGUAACCUUGUUGGGUUCUUGCCACAGUGGCCUCAAAAGGCCACGGCAUAAGCUCUGUGGAGCAGCCUUCGCCAACCUGGUGCCCCGUGCAGAUAUUUUGGACUAAAAUUCCCAUCAGCCCUAGUCAGCUUGGCCGUGUGAUGCUGGGGUUGUUGUCCAAAACAUCUACAGAGGGCGUCUGGUUGGUAAAGGCUGCUCUGUGACUCUAGAGGGGGGGCUACUUUUCCUCUCUUCCCGGCCACGUGUGCAGGCCUCGCGCUGGCCCGGAGACUCUGCUCACACGUGGCUUUGCCUAGCAUCCCAAACCUGACUGGACCCGCUUUUCCCCAUGGCCGUUUUGGGCGCUGUCCUCCCGUGCAGCCGUGCUGCCUCGAGCUGGCUUCGACGGAGGCCUGCCCUUUUUUUUGGCAUCGGCAGUAUGGCCGCCAUGAAAGCCCGCCUGUCCUGGCUCCAACGAGGGCAGUUUGGUACGCAAGUCUAGCAUCUCCACCGAAAGCUAUCUCCAUUAAAAAGAAAUGAUGUAUUUCUCUCUUAGCU